AUGUCUGACACCGUAUCGACAACGGAUGAAGAAGAUAACGAUGAGAAAAAAGAGGUUGCCGAGAUUGAACCCGAAAUUCCAAAACCGACUUACAACGACGAGGAGGUGGUGAAAUUAGUUGAAUAUGUGCAGAAGAUGUGCACACUACAGUACUUCAAUCAAAACGACUGGAAGGAAAGCGCUUUAGAUGUUAUACGGCGAUGGCUAAUGGAAGUAGAGGAAGCUAUGCUUGUUAUUUACUAUGUUGGAAAUGAUUUGACUGCAUCCAUGGCACAGCCAACGUUUCCAGUUUGUGAUUUUUGCUACUUUACUCGUUCACCCAACCAAAUAUUUAGUGUCGAAAAUUUUCAUGACGAGGUUCGACCGGGUUACGUACUAAACGAUGUAGAUGGAAGUUAUAUUUGGUUACUAAAUACUGUAUACAGACCCAUGUUCCACAAGUACGUAGACGUACCUGAUCAUGUAAAAUUAAGACUGUUCAUCACACUGUACCGAGUUCUUUGUGCUUUUACGUCUGCUCAUUAUAAAUUGGGUGGUUCAACAGUUCUAUUUCUACCGCUAGUUGAGGAUAAAAUAUGUCGUAAGGGUACUACAUAUAAUAACAAAUACGUACUUAGUCUUGAAUCGAUGGUUGUAUUUUGGAUUGCACAGAUACGUACACUAAUAGAAGACAGGGAAAUGGUUGUGCCUCAGACGCUCAAUGUACUUACGGACAGAUACGAAUUCUGGCGAUAUCGCUCUGAAUGCUUACAGGGUAUUCGUCUAUUAUUAAAUCAUUCGGACACACAACCGAUAUAUAAAAUCCUGCGAGUGACAAAUUCUCUUUAUUUAAAACAACUUAAUGAUCUCUCUAAAAUAUGUGAGAAAGAGUUGGAUAUCGCCAGGACGAAUAUAAAAUAUUUACAACUUUUAGUGAAACCAUGCAAUAAAAUAGAUACUUCAGAUAGUCCAGCGUCGGUGACAACGUUACUUCCUCAAGUGAUUCAUAUGAUUUACUUCAUUUGGCUUGAGUCAGGGACUCUUUCUCAAGCCGACCUAAUAACAGUACUGUUUUGCGAUUUAAGCAAUCAGAUAAUUAAAUUUUGCAUAAAAAAAGUGAAUUUAGGAAAAAUUUUGGAUGGCAACACGAGGUUCGGCAUUAAAAUGUGCAAUAUGGCGAUCGAUUGCUGCGUAUCAUACAAAAUUAUUUUCGAUGAGAUAGCAAAGCAACAUGUGGUUCGAAAUCCUUCAAAAAAUUGGAAUUUGAAAAAAGAUAUUAUUUUCAACCAUAUAGACACCUUCAUCAAACGUCUAUGCGAUUUAAUUGAUAUUUGCGAGGCGAUGAUUGUAUUUGGACGGCUGGAUGAGACUGAAAUUAUACCGAAGCCAAUAUUUGGUGGAGCAUUCGGGAGUGAUUGUGACAAAAUUAUUGAUGAUAUAGAGACUAAAUUUUUUGCACAAUUAAAGUCGAUACGUGUAAACUCUAAGCAUUUAAUAUUAAACGUCUACCGAAAUGAAUGGUGUGGACAAUACGAAACUUACCACAAAAUUUUCUUGGAUUUCGAAGACGCGCUUAAGCGCCUCCUAACAAAUAUAUUUCGCCGUGUCUGUAAUAUAGAGGAGCGGCUAGAAGCGCUAAAUAUAAUGUUUUAUUUUUCUUAUCGAAGUAACAUGCAAAUGGUUUACCUAAAGCAAGUAGCAACAAUUUGGGCAAAGGUACAAGAAGAAAUGACCAGAGUAGUGGAAAAGCUUAAGCAGCGUGAAAAGCAAUAUGUGUCCCAACAAGUAAAUCAUGUUGCACGCGUUACCUACCACCACAUCUUUGUUGACUAUUUGGAAUGGUUGUGCAAUCGACUCGAGGAAUCUUACUGGCUCCCAAUAUUGCCUGCUGCCUGCACUACUUUGGAUAAGUUUGCCGACUUGAAAAAGGAAAUAAAUAAAGCGUCUAAAAGCAUUUUCGAAGAGUGGACUAAAAAAGCAGCUUCGGUAUUCCAGUCUUCUAAACUGGACCAUGGUAUUAUAGUACGGGAUAGCGCACAUAUGGGAGCACACAUGUUGGAAUGUAAUAUGGAUCAGGAGUUACUCAAAGCUUUUACAGAGGCCAAACAUUUUGAACAAUUGGGACUUACCUUACCACUCUCCUUGCGAAAAUUGUAUGAAAGCCACACAAACCUAGAUUGUGCGCAUAACACCGUAAUAAAUAUUUGCAAAGACUAUAACACUGCCUUAGUCACAAUACUGCCACAGGAGCGUAAACUCUUCCAAAGUCUAAUACAAAUUUUGGAUAAAAAAAUUUCUUCGAACCUGUUGAAGCUAACGUGGGCCGAUGAAAUUAAUGGUGAGCUGUUCAUAGAAUGCAGUAAGAAUAUUGAGGAGCUACAAAUGUGCAUGGAACUCUUUAAGUAUGUCAAUCAAGAUAUAGCAGAGAAUAGUCAAAAAAUGUGCGAUGUUAUGCUAUUUGACUUAAAGUCGAAACCAGCUGUGGGUUUAACAAAGUUUCUGCUGAAUAUGCACACGGAGUUUAAAAUUGCAGUGGAUUCGAUUACGCAGCUCUAUAAUCGAAUUGUCGAACUUGUCGGACUAAUUAACGAUGAGUUUGAGUGCUUAUUUAUCGAAAAUGCAAUUUCUAUUUGGCAUAAUUACGUCAAUCAGAUUGAUGCUAUGUUGGAGACGGCUCUACUUAUAUGCGGACGAAAUUCACUACAAUACGUAUUGGAAGUGGUGCAAUGUACAACGAAUGAUGUAUGCCUACCACCUGUACCUUUACUUUAUGUUGAAGUCGAUAUCUGUGAACAAGUGAUACAACUGACGCCUGAUGUAAACUCCGUAACAAGCAUAUUUAAUGGCAUGUUUGAGCGUAUAGCUACAUGUUUGCAGCAAUACCCCAGAUUAAGUGUCCAAAUGCACAUUGCGGAGCAUCUUCAUCAGACCUCAUUUUCCGAAACGUUUGCAAAUGAUGCGGAGUCGAAGAAGAUACAGGAAAACAUUGCUUGUGAGAUGGAUUACAGCGUGGAAGAAAUAACAAAAUAUCUAAAAUUUUGGGAGCAGUAUCGGAAGGUAUGGGACUACUCAGACAAUGAAGGUGUAGAAGAAGUUUCAAUCAGUAGUAGUAUUGCAAGCGAGUAUGAGCAACGGAUACAACAUUACAGUGACUUAGCCGACGAAAUCGCUUUAAUGGACUCCGUUAGAAAUGUACACUUAUUCGUGAUUAAACAAAACCGCAUGCGGAACAGUUUAAUGGAUUGUAUAGAGAAACGACAAUUGGAUAUUAUAAACAUGUUACUCGAACUCAUUGCGAAUAAGUUAGAAGAAUUCCAUUUUUAUAUGCAAUAUAACGGUGAACUUAUUUCAGUUGUGCCACGCAACUUGAAAGAGGCUCAAGACGCUGUUUUGCUUUUCAAAAAAUUAAUAAUGGAAGUGAGUGAGAAACAAAAUGAGUUCCCACAACUUUUAGAGUUGUUAAAUGUGUUAAAUAAAUAUCACAUAGAAGUGCCGAGAGAAACUAUAAAUAAGUUUGCUCAACUGGAUCCAAACUGGCAAGAUUAUCUCAACAAGCUUAUAGAAGCGGAGGAUAUACUUGAGGUUUCAGAUGUCGAUGAUCUAAAACAAAAUCUUGUGGAUGAGUUACAAAAAUUUAGAACAGUUAUUAAAAAACUGCUUACAGAAUUUUUAACGAAAAUACCAAACGGCAUUCAAGAUUAG